AUGAGCACCUCGGGGCUUCAGGCCACUAACCGGCAAAAUGUGAAGGAGCUUGACAGCAUGAAGGAGUCCAUCAGCGACAUCAUCAACCAGCUCCAGGAUAUCGACCCAGCCAGGCUCUCCUUCUCCCCAUUCCUCGACCUGGACACUCAGAUCUCCUUGGCACCGGUGUCAGACAGCCCCGAGUCCUCGGUGGAAGAGCUGCACUCGUCCUCCCACUCUGUCUCCGGCUCCCAGCACUCCCUUGAACCGCCACCAGUUACCGAUCAGCCAAGGGGACCUGCUUCCUGCCACCAGCGGCCGAGCGACAGUCUCCCACCAGAGCCACGAGCAGACGAGACAGACGAGGGGGAGCUGGAUCAAACUCUUUCCAGUCCCAUCAUCACAGCGCACAAUUUGGACGCUGCCACGGAAAACUGCAUCGGCAGUCCAACCCCAGCCUCUCAGGGAGACAUUCCCAAUGGCACAGACACACUGAGAUGGAGUCCAGAGUCCACCAAUCUGGACUGCUCUGUGGACGAGGGUCGACCUCUGAUAGGCCCGCUGCCAGAGAGUGUGGAGCUGACUAUGUGGAGCUCAGAGGGGCGGGGAGAGACUUGCGAGGCUGCAGAGGAGGCUGCAGAUCGGGGCCGCUGCUGCUGCUGCCAGUGUAAAUGCUGCCAGAGUGGCAGAGUUCCCGCUUUCUUCUCAGUCCUGGCCUCUCUUCUGUGCACAGCCGGGAUCCUCUAUGCACUCUAUUUCUAUGUCCCCAUUAAACCCCCCGACUGCCCCGAUGUUGCUAGCCGUGUUGUUUUCACCCUCUGCUGCUGUGUGGUGGCAGCCAUCCCCAUCCUUUUCGCGAUGCUCAUGGGUGCAGCGUGCCAGUUCUGCACAGGCUCCUUCAAUUUGCAGGAGUCAUUUCCCAGAAGACGUGCGGUUCAGCAGCUGUUUGUCACGGCGUCCUUGGAACAGUUACUCCUCUACGUCCUCAACCUCGUCGUUAUGGCCGCUUUACUUCCUCAAGACCAGCUGAAGUUGGUGCCUAUACUGGUCGGCGUGUUCAUCCUAGGAAGGCUCGUUUACUGGGUCAGCCUGAACGUGUGCAGCAGCUGGCGAGGAUUCGGCUCGGGCCUGACCGUCUUCCCGCUCCUCGCCAUGGUGGCUCUCAAUCUGUUCAUCAUGUACAACCCGAAUCUCAAAGAGCCACUUUUUGGCUCCCAGGACGUCCUCUAUAAUCAGGUCACCCCCUCUUCCUGGUCAGGGGAGACAUCACAGAGCACGAGUGGCAAACCAGACAUCCUACCCACAGACAUCCUGGACACUCAGUGA